AUGGCAGGACCAAUGACCGUGUAUAUCAACGGAAAUGUUCUCACCGUGAACACGAAACAGCCCCGGGCGCAGGCAUUCGCCGUUGACUCGACUGGAAAAUUUUCAAGCGUUGGAAGUAAUCAAGAUGUUCUCGAAGCAAGUCGGGACAGCCAGUAUCAGGUCAUUGAUCUGGAUGGCAGCUUCAUAAUGCCGGGCAUUCAUGAUGCACAUACGCACUUGCUGGCAGCAGCGAUGCAACAGCUUUUCGAAAUCUCCAUCGGAGAAGACUGCACGCAUGAGGACUUUGCACAUGAAUUGCAAGAAAAAUGCCGAUGUGCGCGCGCUCAUGAUACGGACGAUUGGCUGAUAGCCAACUUCUACAGUGGGAACUUGUUUCCGAAUGGAGAGGUCGACAGGAAAUACCUGGACGAGGUAUUCCCCUCUCGUCCGGUCGUGAUGCGAGACCCAUCAUGCCACAACGUUCUAGCGAACACGGAGGCCUUGAAGCGAGCCCAAUAUGACUUGCUUGAUGAGGUGGCCCCCUUUGGAGGCGAGUUGGCCCGGCGGGAAGAUGGAACGCUGACGGGCGAACUUCUCGAACAAGCCAACACCAAGCUCUGGCUCAAUAUGCCCAAAACUCCCACGGAAGUAGCUCAACGAGCAAUUCUCGUAGGCAUUCGCAUGAACAAUGAGUACGGAAUCACGUCUUGCCAAGAGGCUUCUGCCAACACCGUCUACCUGGCUGCCCUGCAAGAACUUGAAAAGGAGACCAAAAUCACCUGCAACAUCCACACGCAUAUUGUGUAUGGCCCCGUGGGAUUCGCCCGUGAGUCUGAGGAAUCACUUCACAAGCUGAUAGAUGAAGCGGAGCGGUACAAGAGUGAGCAUGUCUUUACAAACUUUGUAAAGUUCUGGCUUGACGGGGCACCGCUGCCUCCACAUUUUACUCAAUGCAAACUGCAAGACGGGUCUCCACAGGCUAAUAAAUUGGUACUCGAGAAGGAUUUCUUUAUGAAAGGAUUGACAGAUGCUGACCGGAAGGGAUAUACCUGCAAGAUACACUGCGCGGGCGAUGGCUCUGCGCGAUUCGCUCUCGAUGCCCUGGAAGCAGUGCGAGAGCAGAAUUCAGAUGGUCCGAGGCAUGAGAUUGCGCACUGCAACUGUGUUCACCCAGACGACCACGCUCGAUUCGCAAAACUACGCGUCACCGCAGAGAUGUCACCAGCCUUGUUCCACCUCAGUGAAUUGAUAGCACAGUCCGAUAAUCAGUUGGAGUGGCCGUUUAAGAGUCUUCUUGAUGCGGGUGCACAGGUCACCAUUGGUACAGAUUGGUUCUUGCCACCAACGCCUAACAUGUUCCCGGCACUGGCUGCGGUCGUUCCCCAGAUCGGAGUUGAGAAAGUCAUUCGGUGCAUCACUUUAUCUGGGGCUGAAGCGGUUGGUCAGGCUCACGAGGUUGGUAGCAUUGAAAUUGGGAAGAAAGCCAACUUCAUUCAACUAGAUCAGGACAUCACGCGUAAUGAAAUCUCGGGAACAAUUGUUCACAGGACCUGGUUUGAAGGCAGCCUUGUGUGGGAACAUCCUGAUGUGGAGAAAAGAGAAGUGGCAAGACUGUGA